CACCCAUCACGACAAUUUCUUUUCACCCAUCCUCCACCACACUCAUUAUUCGCUUUCCUAGAUGGAGAACAAUUCUCCUCGUUCCUCAAGCCGGCUGUCUAUUGCCGCCUCAGCAUACUCUGCAGCUGGCUCCACACGUCAUAUACUCGGUGGCCAUAACAAUGUCAGCUCUGGCGACUACGAUCCUCCAAGUUCCCCUCCUGGCAUCAAUGACUCUCGUGACACUUUGAGUCAUUACCGUGGGCCUACAGGCACCACCGCUACCGGUGUCUCACUGAUGGUGAACUACCUCCCCUCCAAGUUCUCCGCGUCCCUUGUCUCUCGUAAGGGUGACAAGGGCGUAGAACCCCAUCUGCCCAAGAAUGGGGGUGGUGUUGAGGCUUUCCGCAGCGGAGAGUCGCGUAUGAGUGGCAGGCGUCUCCGCUGGACCAAAUUCAAAUGGAUUCUUUUUUGCACGAACUUUUGUCUGUCAUUAUACUCCCUUGUCUCCCUCGUCAUCUGCCUUUUAACAUGGUUCGAUGUCUGGGCCCACGCAGAUGUUGUUCGUGUUGGCAAUCGCCCUGAGCUCAUCAUAUCCACCAUUGCGGCUUCCAUCGGCAUCUUCACUUCCCUCAUGGGCUGGGCUGGCAUCCUCAUGAACAACCGCGGCUUUCUCGCCAUGUACACCUUUCUUACCUGGAUUACCUUUGCCUUCCUUGUCACUCCAGGUUAUAUGACCUACCGCCACCGCACAUUCAAUCUUGAGGGCAAGAUUAAUGCAGAAUGGUCUCGUAAACUUGGAGCAUCUGGCAGACUGAGGAUACAGGACCAGUUGGAGUGCUGUGGAUAUUUUAGUCCAUUCAUUGAAGCCACUGUUAGCUCGACAUGUUACGCCCGGGCUCUCCUGCCUGGAUGUAAGCUUCCUUACUUGACGUUUCAAAGGCUCGUGCUUGGCAGGUGGUAUAAGGCUGCGUUCUCCUUGGUCCCGCUGCACAUCGUAGUGAUGAUCGCGGGCUUGCUGUGUUCCAACCAUGUCACGUAUCGCUUUGGAAAGGGCAUGAUGCCAGAGGCGUAUCGUCUCAAUGCGAGCAGCAUGGCAGUGAUAAUGGAAAACUAUGCAAGCCAAUUGGCAGAACAGUACGGGUCUGAGGUCGCAGACGAAGUUUACAAACUAUCACGGUCAAACCUCAGUCUCGUCGGGGACAUGCCCUCGACUCCGAUUAAUACCGCGCGAAGGCCCGCCCAAGCCCCGUACCAUGCCAAGUACGAGUCUCUAGGAGGUGGCCAUUAAAUGAAGAUACCCGAAAGACAAUGUACAAUCUGAAUACCCUUCCCGGAUAACCUCAAGCCCUCCUCCGCUAGACGACGGAUAAUUCGUCAGUCGAUAGCACUUCUUCCCCAUCGUGCUCAAUCUGGCCACCCCUCCAUUGUGGAUUUGGAUCAUUUUUCUAUAGUCAUCUACUUCAUUGGUCGAUAUUGACCUUACUCACUUGCAUUAUUUACGUAUACCGAUCAACACUCACUCAGUCCUGUGUCCACGCUGCACGCACACAUACCAUACAAUCAACCCUCGCAUCAUCAAAUUUCAUUCGUUUGCAGUCACUCUUUAAACUUGGUGUGGAUCGUGUGUAUUACCCUUACGAUUUCCUGUCUACCUGUUAUUUGCAGGUUGUGGAAUGCAUAUAUCU